GGCACAAUUCAUUUAUUCCAUUCGGUUUUCAGUUCAGGACGCCACAGUCGACUGCCAGACUUCAAAUAAAAAUUCCAAAAUAGUUUCAUAUUCAAAAUUGGUUUGUUCCAUCGGGGUUCCAUCGAGGUAAUACUUCCUGAGGUAGUAACAGCCGCAGCGCCAUGCAUUUAAUGUGCGAACGGAUAUCCUCGGUUUUUGCCGGAAUCAUUGUCGGACUCUGGUUUGCCAAGACCUUCCCAAAAGAGACCGAGGAUGCCAAGAAGGGCAAGGACAAGAAAAAAUAGGACAAUCAUUAGUUCCUCCUGAGCUUAAGUCUUAGAUCAAAUAGGAAACAUCUUAGUAGGCAAGCAAGGAAUAUCAACCAGCUGUCAACUCCGACAAUGACAUACCUCAGUAUACAUUCAGCUUUCAACCAGAUCUAUCAUCGUUCGGCUUGUCUAAAAUUCUCCGUCCUUCUCUUUUUUUUUAACUCAGCCUAGUUAGGAAAUCAAAAUUUCGUUUUAAAUUCGUGGCAAAGCCGAGUUCUGAAGAACGAGAAGCGCAUCCUUGGAUACAAUCAUGCCCUGUUGCAAACGCGCUGAGGUCCGGCGGGUGUGCCACCCGCUGCCAUCCCUACUAUCCCGAUUCAAUUGUACGCCGUGCAAUCGGGUCCUGUUCUUCGUCAUCGGAGUGGGAAUUGGGGUGUUCUUUGUAAACAACAAGAAUAGCAAAAAGGACAGCAAAGGCGAUUCGAAGAAAAAGGGCUCGAAGGAUAAGAAGUAGAUUGGCAGAGUUCGCGGCCGGAGUAUCAAAACUCAGCCAAGAUAUGGAUCCAAGAUAUGUCCAACCGAUCAGAUGCAAUAACCAAAUAAAUAACUAUCACGAUUUUAA